AUGACUGUGUUCAAUGACGUCAGCGCAGGGAUCACCUACUACACAGCUAAUGAAGGAGAAACCCUCAUCGUCAAAUAUUCCUUCCGUUCAUAUGGAAGCAGGAAGUUAUGUCGGGGACCAUGUGAAGCAGGAGAAGUUCUCAUUGAAACAGAAGAAAAUGAAGCGAGGAAUGGCCGAUACAGCAUCAAAUAUGAGAAAACAGGUGAAGCUGAAGGAGAUCUGACAGUGACCUUCACACAGGUCAGCAAGUCUGACUCUGGAACGUACCAGUGUGGCCUCGGCAAUAAUUCUUCUCUGUAUCGGGAGUUUGGGAUCCUCGUCACUGAUGACUCCACAACAACAUCUCCCAGUUCCAGCUCCAGUUUCACACGUUCAUCAGCUUCACCUGAAACCACCGACCAGUCUGAGGACCAGACACCUGAGACCACAGGAGCUGAUACGUCCUUCUCGACCAAGAACUUGAUUCUGACUGUGGGACUGACGCUGGUCGUCAUGGUGAUCCUGUUAUCAGGGUCCGCACUGAUGUUCUGCAGAAACAGGACUAACAGACCCAGAGAACCUCCGGUGGAGACGGAUCCUGCUUCUGUCCCUGAGCCCGACCCCGUGUACGAGGAUUUCAGAGACGAGGGCCGACCUCCUGCUGCUGUGGAAAUCUCUCCAGAUUAUUCUUACGUCAAGUACAGCACAACACAACCAGUCACAGCCGGUGAUGACUACAACUUUGUCACUGCUGCUACUUCUCAGCACAAUGCUGACGACAGCUCAGGUUGACUCUCCUGCGAUCGGGGGGGAUUAUACCAACAGG